UCAAAAGCUUUGAUCCUCGUGUGAAGAAGAAUAUCUCGUCAUUUCGGCGGCACGUCGCGGGAAUCACCGAAUCGUGCUAUGGCGAACGAAGAACGCAGCGUUUUGAAAGCGCUGGACGCGGCCAAAACGCAAUGGUACCACUUCACGACGAUCGUGGUCGCCGGAAUGGGAUUCUUUACCGAUUCCUACGAUCUUUUCGUCAUCUCUCUCGUCACGAAGCUCCUCGGCCGCAUCUACUAUCACGUGCCAGGCUCCUCUUCGCCGGGAAGUCUCCCCAACGGAAUCUCCUCCGCCGUCAGCGGCGUUGCCUUCGCCGGAACCCUAAUCGGACAGAUCUUCUUCGGUUGGCUCGGCGACAAGCUCGGUCGGAAAAAAGUCUACGGCGUUACCCUUUUGCUCAUGACCAUAUGUUCCAUCGGCUCAGGCCUCUCCUUUGGUAGCGACCCGAAAACCGUGAUGAUCACGUUGUGUUUCUUCCGGUUCUGGCUAGGGUUCGGUAUCGGAGGGGAUUACCCCUUGUCGGCUACUAUCAUGUCGGAGUACGCGAGCAAACGCACUCGCGGCGCGUUUAUAGCCGCGGUUUUCGCCAUGCAAGGGUUCGGAAUUCUCACCGGAGGGAUUGUCGCCUUGGCAGUCUCGGCGUUUUUCCAGGCCAAGUUCCCGGCCCCGGCUUACAUGGUGGACGCGGCCGGUUCGACGGUUUAUCAGGCGGAUUUCGUCUGGAGGAUCAUUCUGAUGGUCGGAGCCAUACCGGCUAUCCUGACUUACUACUGGAGGAUGAAGAUGCCGGAAACAGCUCGUUACACGGCUUUGGUGGCCAAGAACGCCGAGCAAGCUGCAGCCGACAUGUCGAAGGUCCUCAACGUCGAUCUGGAAGCGGCUAAACCGGUUAGGGUUUCGAGCGAGGAGUAUGGCUUGUUCUCCAAGAAAUUCCUUAUCCGCCAUGGGCUUCACCUGCUGGGCACUACGUCUACAUGGUUCCUUCUUGAUAUCGCGUUCUACAGUCAGAACCUCUUCCAGAAGGACAUCUUCACGACCAUUGGAUGGUUACCGUCUGGGAAAACGAUGAACGCCAUUGAAGAGGUCUUCAAGAUCGCCAAAGCUCAAACCCUAAUCGCCCUCUGCAGCACAGUCCCUGGCUACUGGUUCACAGUCGCGUUCAUCGACAGGAUGGGACGUUUCCCGAUCCAAAUCAUGGGAUUCUCCUUCAUGACGGUCUUCAUGUUCGCGUUAGCCAUCCCGUACCAUCACUGGACACUCCCACACAACCGGAUCGGGUUCGUCGUGCUAUACUCGCUCACGUUCUUCUUCUGCAACUUUGGUCCGAACGCGACAACGUUCAUCGUGCCGGCGGAGAUAUUCCCGGCGAGGCUGAGGGCCACGUGUCACGGGAUAUCGGCGGCGUCGGGGAAGGCGGGGGCGAUGGUUGGGUCGUUCGGGUUUUCGUAUUUGGUUCAAGCCAUUGGGAUGAAGAAAACGCUUUACAUAAUGGGGGGCAUCAACCUUUGUGGCUUGCUGUUUAGUUUCCUUGUGCCUGAGCCUAAGGGGAAGUCACUGGAGGAGCUUUCUGGCGAGGCUGUGGAGGAGGAGGAGAUUACUUCUACUUGAAAAAGAAGUUUUGAUUAGUUUUAAUUGUGUUUAUGUUUUUUAAUCUCUAUUAGGGUUUUAAUCUUUGGUUUAUUUUUUGUCAGGAACUUGAUGGGUAGUAAAAUUUAUGGAAAUCUCACUUUGCUUUAGAAUUUUUAUAAAUAGUUAAAUAAGGCUAAAUCCAACUCAUCAGAUCAAAAAAACAACAUGAACGAGAAGAAUCAUAAGAUGACUUGUGAUCAAAGCAGAGACAUAUAGUUCUGGCUAGAAAACUACCAGGAACAUGUUCUUAAAUGGGUCCGCGUAUGUCGGAGAUCUUCUCGACAAGUUCUUAUUCAAAGGCUCUAACUUUGUCCCAAAGUCUGAUGGAAAUACAAUCAAUUCGAGCGCGAGGCCGAGGCUAUGGCUCCUCGGGUUUAAGAGAGGCAAGAGUAUGCGAGAUCCUUCUCUUCCUUCAGCUCCUCUG